AUGGAAAAGGUAGGUAAUUUGGUAAAAAAGCACGUUGGUGACACUUGUACCAAUUGGGACGAAACAAAAACCGAAGAUAUUACUCUCGACGCUAGUAAUAAAAUUCAAAACGAGUAUCCUCAAUUUUUAUAUUCAGUGUAUCAAUACUUUAAUUAUGACGAUUGUAAAUAUGAAGACAGUCAAGCUCUUUCUGUAAAUGUAGGAUACCCAGUUUGUUCUGCAUCAACAAGCCAAUCUAUAAAAUCGGAAAUAGUCGGUGAAAAACUUAAACAAAGUAAAUAUGAUACAACUGAUUGCACGGGAGAUGUCGCUAAAACUGAAGAACUCGAAAUGAAUAAAUGUUUCGAUCGCGGCUUGAAUGAAUAUCAGAUAUUAACCGAGCGCAAAGAAGAUGGGUGCAGUUUAGUCUUUGCACUUUUUUCACUUAUAUUGGUUUUCUUGCUUUAA